AUGGAUAACAAAAAGGUGGACAAGUUGGGAGAUGUUGUCCAUAAGGAGGACCGCUUCUCCUCUUCCUCGCAAGAGGACCUGAGUCUCCAGCCAUACGGACCACCGGGAUUCCGUGGCAUUGCUGCUUCUCGCUAUGUCGCUGUCUGUGCGUCGUUCAGCGCCGUUGGCGGCCUUCUAUUCGGUUACGAGUAUGCCAUAUUACCCCGAUCCACCCCGGCGCAUCAUGGCGUUAUCUCGGUCACGUUGACUAUGGAUCAGUUCCUAGACCGGUUCCACGAGGUGGCCGAUGGCUCUUCAGGGUCGGGAUUCUACAAGGGCCUCAUGACGGCCAUGAUCACCCUCGGUGCCUUCAUCGGAGCCCUCAACCAGGGUUGGAUUGCCGACGUCUUCUCGAGAAAGUACUCCAUCAUGGUGGCCGUCGUCGUAUUCAUCGUAGGCUCUGUGCUCCAGACGGCGGCCAUCGACUAUGCUAUGCUUAUCGUCGGACGUCUGAUUGGUGGUAUCGGUAUCGGCAUGCUGAGUAUGGUCGUCCCUCUGUAUAUUUCCGAGAUCUCGCCCCCGGAAAUCCGGGGUACGCUCCUCGUCCUUGAAGAGCUGAGCAUCGUCAUCGGUAUCGUCGUCGCCUUCUGGAUCACCUACGGAACGCAGUACAUCGACGGCACCCACUGGUCUUGGCAGCUGCCGUUCGUCAUCCAGAUCAUUCCCGGUGUCUUCCUCGGACUCGGCGCCACCUUCCUCCCCUUCUCGCCCCGAUGGCUGGCCUCCAAGGGCCGCGACGAUGAAGCUCUGAAGAACCUGGCCAAGUUCAGGCAGCUCCCCGAAACAGAUUCCCGGGUCCGUAGGGAGUGGCUCGAGAUCAUUUCCGAGUCCAGGUUCCAGAAGCAGGUCCUCUCCGAGAGGCAUCCCGACCUCGUCAAGCCCGGCACCUCCAAUGCCAUCAAGCUUGAAUUUGUCGCCUGGACCGACUGCGUCAAGAAAGGAUGCUGGAGGCGCACACACGUCGGCGCCGGCAUCAUGUUCUUCCAGCAGCGCUGCCAUCAGUUUGUCGGAAUCAACGCUCUCAUCUACUAUUCUCCGACGCUCUUUGGCACCAUGGGCCUCGGCCACAAUAUGCAGCUCAUCAUGUCUGGUGUUCUCAACAUGACGCAGCUCAUCGGUGUUGCGUCGAGUCUCUGGACCAUGGACCGUUUCGGGCGUCGCAACCUGCUCAUGCUGGGCUCCGUCCUCAUGUGUAUCUCUCAUGUCAUCAUCGCCAUCCUGGUCGGCCUCUUUUCGGAGAACUGGCCUGCGCACCAGGCACAGGGCUGGACCAGUGUCGCCUUCCUCCUCUUCUACAUGCUGGCAUUCGGUGCUAGUUGGGGACCGAUUCCUUGGGCCAUGCCGUCUGAGAUUUUCCCCUCGUCGCUGCGUGCCAAGGGAGUUGCCAUCUCCACCUGCUCUAACUGGCUCAACAACUUCAUCAUCGGAUUGAUUACGCCGCCUCUUGUGCAGAGCACAGGUUUCGGCGCGUACGUCUUCUUCGCCUCGUUUUGCCUCCUGUCCCUCGUCUGGACGUUUUUCUUUGUGCCGGAGACCAACGGGAAGACUCUCGAGGAGAUGGACAAUGUCUUCAAGGACCGCGACAGCACCGGGGAGCUGGUGACGAAGCAGCGUAUCUUUGAAGAGACACGCACUGAGAAGUUUCAGUCCAGAAGGAGUGAGGAAGCAUGA